GUACACCCACACACAGAGUGGCCUGGUCCGGUCUGCUCUCGGGAUUAACCAAGCGCUGCUUUCAGAUGGGAUGGAGGACAUGCAGGCAUGAACAGGGCUGUCGCGUUAUCCGUGCAAGCACAUGCCAGUGAUGGACUACAGCCUAACAAACGCUAACCGUCACCAGCAUUCACCCAUCCGCAUUCCUCUUCAGUGAGACCAGCUCCACAGAAUGCUGAGUCCCAUUGUCCCUUAUAGCUUAUUAAAGAUGCACUGGAAUCCAGAGCAUGCCCAGCCCCUCAGCCAGUGGCCUGAGCAACACCUAGACGUGUCCUCCACCACCUCCUCACCGGCAGACAAGUCGGAAUCCUACUCCGGUCGCAGCCGCAGCUCCUACUCUUGGGCCAAUGACGACAUCUCCGCCCUAACGGCUUCCAAUCUGUUGAAGCGCUAUGCUGAGAAGUACUCCGGUGGACUGGACUCAGCGUACGAGCGGGCACAUGCUGUGGGCACCUACCCAGAUCCGGGUGCCUUUGGGGGCCUCAGUGGCCAGAAGACUGAACUGGAGCCCUGGCCAAUGACACACAGCACUGAUGCCUCCUAUUCUCUCGUGCCCCGCGGAGGGCACGAAAACCUGUCCACUUCAAAAGGUAUGGCCACGAGCGCUGGCCCUGCUGGGAUUAGCAGUGUGUCGGUGGUGAACAGCAACCUCUCAGACUCCGGCUACAGCGGCAGCAGCUCCUGCAGUGGUUCCAACGACUACCCCUCCAGCUAUAACAGCAGCUAUCUCUCAUCUGGAUACUGUCCACAACCUGGUGCAGCACUUCCUCCUGCCUCCCUUCAUACACUCCAAUCCACCCACACUCUGGUACCCAGCUAUAGCCCUACCACACCUGUCUACAGCUACCCACCCAGCACAUACCCUGCCCAGAACAGCAUUGCCCCCAGCUAUAGCCACCCCACUGCAACAUUCUUGCCCUCAGGUCUGCCAGCGCCCACUCCUGUUCCCCCCAGGCCAUCAGUGUUAGGAGGCAGCUACAGUUACCAGAGCACCAACAUUGGCACAUCGGAGUCUGGUGGGGCGUUGAAAAGAAAAGUCUUUGACAUGGCUGGAGAAGAGAAUGAAGUUGGGGGCAACGCUUGUUACAGGAAAUUCAGCUAUGACCCAUUGAAGCCUGGAGGAAACUCGCCAUACAGCGUCAGUGACAAAGCAGAGUGUUGCGGAAACAGCUACAGCAGUUCGGCAAGCAGUACAGAUCCACAAAACUUUAAGCCCAACAAGCCCUCCUCGCAGCCCCUGGUAUCUCCUCAGUAUGGGCCAGCCGGAGAGUACAGUCCUCCGGCUGGCAUGACAGGAGAUAACGCAGUGGCGAAGCAGGCCUUCACCCAGCAGGAGAAGCACCAGCAACAACAGCGCUCUAAGGCCCAGAAACGCUCUUCAUUGUGUGGUCCCACUCUUGAUACUCUGGAGAGCCUGGAUCCAUGUGUGUUGGACCUUAUUAACAAGGAAAUUUUGGACUGCAGCCCAGCCCUAAGCUGGGGGGAGUUGGCUGGCCUCACCCAUGUCAAAGUUGCCUUGGAGGAGGACCUGCUGUGGCCUGUGUUGAGGCCCAGUCAAGUGAUACAGCCACCAAGACGCAUCCUGCUGUUUGGUCCCCCUGGAGGGGGUAAAACCACCUUGACUCAUUCUCUGGCUUCACAAAUCGGAGCUUCCCUCUACCGGCUGAGUGGCACCUUGUUGACCUUGAAAGGGAAGGCUGAGGCGGAACAAAUUCUGGGGUCUGUGUUGCAGGUGGCCGGCGCACGGCAGCCAUCAGUGGUGCUGCUCAGCCAAGUGGAAACCAUGGAAGAGGAGGGCCUGAGAGAAACACUCCGCAACUUCUUGGAGAAGGCUCAGCUGAGCACAGGUUUGGUGAUUGUUGUGUGUGCCACCAGCAGGCCAGAUCUGCUGCAAGAUGCGCUCCAUCGUAGUUUCGCCAAGCGCUACCACGUCGGCCUGCCAGAUGUGGGCAUGCGUAGGCAAGUGCUGCUGCAAGCGCUUUCACCUCAUGGCUACAGUCUGAGCGAGCGGGAGCUGAGCGUGGUGCUGCAGCGCACUGAAGGUUACUCCGUGUGGGAACUGCUGCAGCUCGUCCAGCAGGCUCUCUCCUCUGCAUCAGCCCCUGCUGGAGCCAUCCAUGGCAAACCCCCAGCCUUCACAGACUUUGAAAAUGCCUUCUGCAAGGUGUGCCCACACAGCACGACAAAAGAAUCGGACACUAGUAUAGAGUGGGGCAAGCUGUAUAACCACUGA